GACAUGCUUCAGCUGAUCCAGUGCCGCAUCGUUGGCACUGACAUCAUGGCUCAGACUUCUGGAGAGGAUCCUGGAAUGCUCCACUGAUGUUGGUCUGCAGUGUCUGUACCAGAACAAUGCUCCAAUCCCAUGCAGUGACUUUGAAGUCCGUGUCCUCUGUGUGUGUGAAGAGACAACAACUGCAUCUCAGACCACCAAGCCAACAACUUUGGCCACAGUCACACAGACCCAGCCUGAGACCACCACUCAGAUUGGCACCACCAAGCCUACUCCCACACAGACCAUCGCCACUAUGCCAACUGGUGAGACAACCACUCAGCUUGUCACUGGCACAACAGGCACCACUACCACUGGCACUGUUACCCUGCCAACAGUGACCCAGACACAGGUGGUGACCACCACCAAGCCUGUGACCGCCACUGGUGUUGUGACAGAGACGACCAAGCCUGAGGUCUUCACAACCACUGGUGUUGUCACCCAGACUCAAGUGGUGACCGUCACCUCCUCCCAGCCUGUGACCUACACUGAUGUUGUCACACAGACAACCAAGCCUGAGGUCGUCACCACCACCCUGGCCACCACCAAGCCAACUCAGACCCAGACCAUGGUCACCGACACAACUUCUGGUAUCACCACCACUGGUGUUGUCACCGGUACCACCACCAAGCCGACUGAGCCACAGACCACUCUCAUCACAGGCACCACUCUUGGCACCACCACCACUGGUAUUGUCACUGAGACCACCACCACUGCCAAGCCCACAACUCCUGUGCAGACCACAACUGCAGCUCACAACGAGCCUUGCGCAGAGCCUAUGGGUAUGGAGAAUGGCCUGAUCAAGCCAGACCAGAUCACUGCCUCCUCUCAGCUGGACGACCAGCACAGUCCUGAUGAGGGAACCCUCAACAGCCCAAGUGCCUGGAAGCCUGAUAACACUGAUGUCAACCCAUACAUCCAGGUUGACCUGCUUGAGCCGACCCACGUGACCGGCUUCAUCACCCAGGGCAAGCCUGAGACCAACGAGUUUGUCACCACCUACACUGUCUACUACAGCAAUGAUGGUGUCAACUUCAUGCCAUACACUGAUGAGUUCAACAAGCCUGUGACCUUCACUGCCAACAGUGACAGCACCACUCCAGUCACCAACCUGCUGGAUGUGAACCGACCAAUCACAGCUCAGUACUUCCAGAUCCACCCAACAACCUGGAAUGAGGAACCCGCAUUGCAGGUGGAGAUUCUUGGCUGCAAGGAGACCACAACUACCGUUGCAACCACCACUACUCUUGGUACCACCACUACCAAACCAGCUCCGACUGAGACCAUCCUUGUCACUGAGACAACUGGUACAACCACCAUUGCCACUGUGCCAACUGGUCAGACAACCACCAUUGCCACUGUGCCAACCGGUCAGACAACCACCACUGGUGUUGUCACUGAGCCAACUGGCACAACCACCAUUGCCACUGUGCCAACUGGUGAGACAACCACCAUUGCCACUGUGCCAACCGGUACAACCACCACCCAGGCUGUCACCCAGACACAGCUGGUGACUGAGACCCAGCCUGUUGUGUGUAACGACUGGACACCGUGGGUGAACAUGGACAGUCCCGCUGACGGUGGAGACUAUGAGACAGUUGCUCAGCUCGUCCAGCUCUUCCCAUUCUGUCAGGACAUGCUGAGGGAUGUGGAGUGCCGCGUUGUUGGCACCCAGGCUCCGUGGUACUCUUCUGGUGACAUGGGCAUUCGCUGCGAGGCCGCUUCUGGUCUGAUCUGCGACGAUUCCAACAACAUGCCUGUUGGCUGCCAGGACUACGAAAUCAGGGCUUUCUGCGUCUGUGCCACCACAGCCGUGCCCACAGUCACCAUCACACUGUCCACAACACCAACCACCAAGCCGACAACAACUCAGGGCACUGGUGAUGGUGAACAAACAACAACACCAGCAACUACAACCCUGAAGCCAGAGCCAGUGUGCACUCCUGACAUGCACGGCUGGACUGACUGGAUGAAUGUGCACUACCCCACUCCUCUGACUGGUGGAGAUUACGAAACCUACGACAACCUCAGGGACAAGUUUGACUUCUGUCCAGAGGACACCAUCACAGACAUUGAGUGCCGUGUGGUUGGUUUCGGCCUGGACUACACUCAGGCUGGUCAGGCUGUCACCUGCGACACCAGUGUUGGUCUCAUCUGUAACCACAAUGACCAGAGUGGCCCCAUGGCUAACUGCUUCGAUUAUGAGAUCAGGGUCUUCUGUAACUGUGCAGAAACUACCACAGCCACCACCACCAUGCCAACUCAGACCCAGACCAUUGGUACCCUGCCUACUGGUACCACCACUACUCUGGGUACUGUCACUGCUUCCACCACCAAGCCAGUAAUUCCCACUGAGACCAUUGCUCAGACAACAACCAUCGGCCAGACCACCACUCAGGGUACCACACCACAGAGCACCACUGCCACCAUCGGUACACUGACACCCACCAUGGCUACCAGCACUCUGAAGCCUGUCACCACUACCAUUGGCUCUGGCACCCCAGGUACUGAGGUUGUCACCUUCACCGAAGGUACCACCCAGCAGGUUACCACUACCCAGCAGAGUACCACUGGUACCACCACCACCAAGCCAGUCACCACCACCACCAAGCCAGUAACAGAGAGCACCACUACCAAGCCUCAAUUCACCUACGAGUUCUGCGUUGACGGGUGGACGCCAUUCUACAACACCCACGAGCCCAACCCACUCAACCCUCAGGACGGAGACUUCGAGCCUAUUGACCAGAUUGUGACCACCUACAACCUCUGUGGUGGCAACCCUGACAUGGUCGAGGCCAUCAACUGCCGCGAGGUUGGUUCUCUUGCUCCAUGGGACAGCACCGGUGCUGCCGGCCUCGUGUGUGACACCACCAACGGCUUCUACUGCGCCAACAACCAGAACUACCCAGUCGGCUGUGACGAUUAUGAGAUCAGCGUUCUCUGUAACUGUGGCGAGACCACCACUGAGGUGUUCACCACCAAGCCUACACAGACCCUGACCACCAUUGGCACCCAGACUACUGGUACUACCACCACCCUGGCCACUGCCAGCACCACCAAGCCAACCAUGGUGACCCAGACCGUUGCCCAGACAACAACCGUCGGCCAGACCACCACCGUGCCCACUCAGACCCAGACCUCCAUCGGCACCCUGCCUACUGGUACCACCACUACUCUGGGUACUGUCAGCUUCCCAACAGACACCACCACCCUGGCCACUGCCACUGCUUCCACCACCAAGCCUGUAAUUCCCACUGAGACCAUUGCUCAGACAACAACCAUCGGCCAGACCACCACUCAGGGUACCACACCACAGAGCACCACUGCCACCAUCGGUACACUGACACCCACCAUGGCUACCAGCACUCUGAAGCCUGUCACCACUUCCAUUGGCUCUGGCACCCCAGGUACUGAGGUUGUCACCUUCACUGAAGGUACCACCCAGCAGGUUACCACUACCCAGCAGAGUACCACUGGUACCACCACCACCAAGCCAGUCACCACCACCAAGCCUCAAUUCACCUACGAGUUCUGUGUUGACGGGUGGACACCAUUCUACAACACCCACGAGCCCAACCCACUCAACCCUCAGGACGGAGACUUCGAGCCUAUUGACCAGAUUGUGACCACCUACAACCUCUGUGGUGGCAACCCUGACAUGGUCGAGGCCAUCAACUGUCGCGAGGUUGGUUCUCUUGCUCCAUGGGACAGCACCGGUGCCGCCGGCCUGGUGUGUGACACCACCAACGGCUUCUACUGCGCCAACAACCAGAACUACCCAGUCGGCUGUGACGAUUAUGAGAUCAGCGUUCUCUGUAACUGUGGCGAGACCACCACUGAGACCCUGACCACUACCACCACUCAGGGCACCACCACCACCAAGCCACUGGUCACUGGUAUCUUUGAGACCACUGGAACCACCACACCACAGAUGGUCACUGGCACCAUUGCCACUGUGACCACCCCUGGCCAGACCACCACCAGUCAGUUCACCACCAUCCCAACACUCCCAGUCACUGGCUGUCCGGAGGAUGCCGAGUACUGGACACCGUUCCUGAACAUCGACCAGCCCGACGCCGGCAAUGACAAUGGUGACCACGAGCCCAUGGACCAGCUGCAGGCCCUCUUCCACUUCUGUGACAAGGAGAUGGUUGACGACAUUGUCUGCAAGGAGACCGUCACAGGUCUGCUGCACACUGAUACCAACCAGAUGGUCACCUGCGACAUUGUCAAUGGUUUCCACUGUGACAACGCCAUGCAGAAGCCUGGAGAGGUCUGUCACGACUACGCUGUCUCUGUCCACUGUGACUGCCGCGAGCCAACCACCACCGAGCAGGUCACAACCACCACAGCUAAGCCUACCACCGCAACGGCUGGUACUACCACUGUGCCCGAGAACCCAACCACCACCAAGCCCAUCACAACUGCCGAGACAACCGUUGUCACUGGUACAACCACCAUUGCAGGUGAAGUGGUCACAACCACCCUGCCCAUUGGUGAAGUGACCACUGAGAAGCCAACCACCACCCAGCAGGUCACCACCCAGACUCAGCUCUUCACUGAUACCACUGUCCAGACUGGAACGAUGACCACAGGACACGAGCAGACAACAUCCGGCCAGUUCACUGUCACACAGACAACAUCUCAGACUGAGCCCACUACUUCCAUUUCUGUGGAAGGAUGCAAGCCUGGCCAGCAGUUCUACUGGACUCCGUUCCUGAACGUGGACCGUCCCGACACUGGUGCAGACAACGGAGACCACGAGCCCAUUGACCUGCUCCACACUCAGUACCAGUUCUGUAGCAAGGACAUGAUCACUGACAUCAUCUGCAGGGAGGCUGACACUGGUCUGAUGCACCACGUGAACAGCCAGGUCGUCACUUGUGACAUCAUCAACGGCUUCAGCUGUGACAACAACAUGCAGGCUCCUGGUGAAACUUGCUACGACUACGAAGUGUCCAUCAAGUGCAGCUGCAUUGUGCCAACUACACAGCAGAUCACCACUGGUACAACCACCCAGCAGGUCACAACCACUAAGCCAUUCAGCACCCAGGAGGUCACCACCACCAAGCCAGUCAUGACCACUGGCCACACAACAACCAUCGCAGGCGGCGAGUCCACAACCACCCUGCCCAUUGGAACACUGCCCACUGAUACAACCACCCAGCAGUUCACCACCACACCUAAGCCUACCACAGCAACGGCUGCUACUACUACUGUGCCAGCCAACCCAACCACCACCAAGCCCAUCACAACUGCUGAGACAACCGUUGUCACUGGUACAACCACCAUCGCAGGUGAAGUGGUCACAACCACCCUGCCCAUUGGUGAGGUGACCACUGAGAAGCCAACCACCACCCAGCAGGUGGUCACUGAUACAACCACCCAGCAGGUGCUCACUGAUACAACCACCCAGCAGGUCACAACUGAGAAGCCAACCACCACCACCAAGCCCAUCCAGACAACUGGAACCACCAUCCAGACUCUGCCAACCCUGCCUCAGGAGACCACCACUACUCUGCCAGGUGUCACCACCACAGCUACUAUCACUGAUACUGGUGCCACCCAGACUGUGUCCAUUGGAACUACCACACCAGUGGUAACCACCCAGGCCAUCACUCUGUCACCUAUGUGUGUGCAGACUGGCUGGACCAACUGGAUGAACCUGGACAGGCCACUGCUUGGUACCAACAACGGUGACGUUGAGUCCUUCGACUCUCUGCGCCAGAAGUACCAGUUCUGUGACAGGAUGGACAUGACCAUGGUUCAGUGUCGCGAGGUUAGCACACAGGUGGCAUCUAGCAUGUCCGGCCAGAACGUGCGCUGCAGCCUGGACCACAACGGCUUCCAGUGCCUGAACGACAGGCAGCCCGAUGGUCAGCUCUGCAAGGACUACGAGAUCCGCGUCUUCUGUAACUGUGGCGAGACAACUCUUGCCCCAACAACAACUGCCGCAACAACAACCACUGCUGCGACAACGACUCUCGCUACAACACAGACUGCCCCAGUGAUCACCACCACCCAGAAGCCAACCACAGCCACUACUACCACUGUCCCAGCCAACCCCACGACCACCCAGACCACAACCACCCAGGCCACCACCACUCCGGCGGUCUGCGUGGACGGCUGGACUCCAUGGAUCAGCUCGGACAACCCCGCCAACCCAACCCACCCCAACACCGGCGACAUUGAGACCAUUGACAACCUCCGUGACCGCUACGCUUUCUGUCAGGACAACAUGAUCGUGGAAAUUGAGUGCCGCACAGUCAACACUAUGAUUGACUCUGAUGCUACUGGCCAGAACGUGAUCUGUGAUGUGAACCAGGGUCUCAUCUGUGUGGAUGCCUUCCAGCCUGAUGGCCGCAAGUGUGAGGACUAUGAAGUAAGGAUCAACUGCCAGUGUGGAACAACUCCAGUACCUGAGACAACCACCACCCUGCAGACCCAGACCCAGACUCUGGGAACCCUGCCGACCCUGCCUGGGCAGACCACCACUCUGAACCCUGUCACCACCACAGCUGUUAUUGUUGAUACUGAAGCCACCCAGACUGUGUCCAUCGGAACAACCACCACUGGCAAGCCAACCACAACUCUCUCCACCACCAAGCCUACCAGCACCCAGGUCUUCACUGACACCACCACCACAACUACCCAGCAGACAGUGACUACCACCAAGCCUGAGGAGGUGACCACCACCCAGGCUACCCCUGGUACCCUGCCUACUCUGCCUACCACCACUGGUACCACUAUUGGGUCUGUCACCACCACCAUCGGAGAGUUCACCACUCAGACCGAGAUUGUCACUUCCAAGCCCACAGAUACCACCACCUCUCAGUUCACCACCACAACCAUGCCUACCAAGCCUGUGACUGAGUCCACCACCACCACUGGUGUGUCUGACCAGACCUUCCCACCGAUGUGCUUGGUGAACGGCUGGUCUCCGUUCAUGAACGUGGACUCUCCUCUCACUGCUCCUGGUGACCUGGAGACCAUCGAUGCCCUGAGGCAGAAGUACACCUUCUGUGCCUACCCGGCCAUGAUCGAGUGCCGCACCGUGGACACUCAGCAGACUCCUCAGGAUGCUGGAGAGAAGGCCACAUGUGACCUGACCAACGGCCUGGUCUGUCUGAACGAGGACCAGAACUUGGGUCAGACUUGCUCUGACUACGAAGUCAGCGUCUACUGUAUCUGUGGAACCACUACCCCACAGACAACAAUCACACAGACUGUUGUUAGUGAGACAACUACCCUUGCCACAGGCACUACAACUGCCCAGACACCAGGCACUGUCACACAGACUGUUGGUACAACCACCCUGGCCACAGGCACUACAACUGCCCAGACACCAGGCACUGUUACACAGACUGUUGGUACAACUACCCUGGCCACAGGCACUACAACUGCCCAGACACCAGGCACUGUCACACAGACUGUUGGUACAACCACCCUGGCCACAGGCACUACAACUGCCCAGACACCAGGCACUGUCACACAGACCGUUGUUGGUGAGACCACCACCAUUGCCACCGCACCAACACCAGGCACUACAACCACUGCCCAGACACCAGGCACUGUGACACAGACCAUUGGCACAACCACACUUGCCACAGACACUACAACCGCCCAGACACCAGGCACUGUUACACAGACCGUCAUUGGUGAGACCACCACCAUUGCCACUGCCUCCACAACAACCAAGCCUCCAGUCAUCAGCACUGACAUCUUCACCCAGCCCACAACCACAACCGAGCGUCCUCAGCCACAGAUCAUCUGUGUUGAGGAUGGCUGGACACCGUGGAUGAACUCUGACACUCCAUCCACUGGCCCCAACAAUGGUGACUACGAGAUCAUCCCUGUGCUCAGGGACGAGUAUGCUUUCUGUGCCAAUGAGAUGAUUGUGAGCGUGGAAUGCCGCAUCACCGGAACUGCCCAGAACAUCGCUAACGGCGAGAAUGGCGUGACCUGCACCGUUGAUGACGGUCUGCGUUGCGACAACAAGAACAUGGCCAUCGGGGAACAGUGUGACGACUAUGAGAUCAGGUUCUACUGCGACUGCGCUGAGGAAACCACUGUUGGCACAACCACCACUGUUGGAACCACCACCACCAUGCAUGUGGACACUACCCCCACUCCCAUUGUCACCGUGACCACCACCCAGAAGCCUGAGGUGACCACCACUCUGGCCACCACCAAGCCUGAGGAGACCACCACCACCGCCCAGCAGACCACCGAAACCGGCAUCUUCACCACCAUCAUGACCUGGUUCACGUCUACCGGCUCUACCACCACACCCAAGCCAGUCUCCACCACCCAGCUGCUCACCACCAAGCCCACGGAGACACAGACCGUUCCAGAGACAACCGCCACUCAGGUCAUCACCACUACCACAGGCAAGCCAACCACAGGCUCCACUACCACCCUCCCAGCCAACCCCAUCACUGAGACCUCCACCCUCAAGCCUACCACUCCCGAGGUCUGCGUGGAUGGAUGGACUCCGUGGAUGAGCUCCGACAACCCGAGCAACCCCACCCACCCCCAGGGUGGUGACGUCGAGACCAUUGACAACCUGCGCGAGCAGUUUGCCUUCUGUAUGGACGACAUGAUCGUGGAAAUCGAGUGCCGCACAGUCAACACCAUGGUUUCUUCUGAUGCCACUGGCCAGAAUGUGGUGUGCGACGUCAACCAGGGUCUCCUCUGUAGCGAUGCUGAACAGAUGGACGGCCGCAAGUGUGAGGACUACGAAGUCAGGAUCAACUGCCAGUGUGGAACAACUCCAGCACCUGAGACAACUACUACCCAGCAGGUCGUGACUGAGACCAGCACCCUGCAGACCCAGACUCUGCCAACUCUGCCGACCCUGCCUCAGGAGACCACCACUCUGAACCCUGUCACCACCACAGCUGUUAUUGUUGAUACUGAAGCCACCCAGACUGUGUCCAUCGGAACAACCACCACUGGCAAGCCAACCACAACUCUCUCCACCACCAAGCCUACCAGCACCCAGGUCUUCACUGACACCACCACCACCAGGCCUUUCAGCACCUCUGCUUUGACCACACUCCUGACUGAGCUGACAACCACCACCAACAAGACUCCGUUCCCCGCCAUCUGUGUGGACGGAUGGACUGACUGGAUGAACGCUGACAGCCCAACCAGUGACGACAACAAUGGUGACGUUGAGACCUUCGACAGCCUGCGUGAGAUGUACAGCUUCUGCGCUGAGAACAUGAUCAUCGACAUUGAGUGCAGGACCGCCACCCUCGGCGCUCCGUUUCAGAUCUCUGGAGAUGUCGGCGUGACUUGUGAUGUCACCAACGGUCUGACUUGCAGCAACGACAUGCAGGGCAACUCCCUGAACUGCCAGGAUUAUGAGAUCCGUGUCCUCUGCCAGUGCUCUGAGACCACCACUGCUACCACCACCCAGCAGACCACCACUCUGGCUACAACCAAGCCGACUGAGGUCCAGACCACCAGCGCUACUGAGAAGCCAACCACUACUAUUUCUCAGGAGACCACAACCUUGGCUACACAGACCACCACUGGUGCUACCACUGCUACUCAGCAGACCACCACUCUGGCUACAACCAAGCCAACUGAGGUCCAGACCACCAGUGCUACUGAGAAGCCAACCACUACUAUUUCUCAGGAGACCACAACCUUGGCUACACAGACCACCACUGGUUCCACCACCGCUACUCAGCAGACCACCACUCUGGCUACAACCAAGCCCACUGAGGUUCAGACUACCAGUGCUACUGAGAAGCCAACCACCACUAUUGCUCAGGAGACCACAACUCUGGCUACACAGACCACCACUGGUUCCACCACUGCUACCCAGCAGACCACAACUCUGGCUACAACCAAGCCCACUGAGGUCCAGACUACCAGUGCUACUGAGAAGCCAACCACUCCUGUCACCACCACAGCUAUUGCGAACCCGACUACACCACCCAAGGUUUGCGUAGAUGGAUGGACACAGUGGAUGAACGUUGACAAGCCAAACUCCAACACCAUCGGUGAUGUUGAGACCAUCGCUAACCUGGAGCAGAAGUACAGCUUCUGUGAAGAGGAAAUGAUCACAGAUGUCCAGUGUAUGGAUGUGAUGUCCGGCUUCGUCUUCAAUGACGCCACCGCACCUCAGGGCGUGACCUGUCGCCCAGACGUUGGUCUGAUCUGCGUGAGCGGACCGAUGGAUCUGAUUGGACAGACCACCAACACCGAGUGCCAGGACUACGCUGUGCGCCUGGAGUGUACCUGCUCUACUACCCAGCAGACCACCACUACCAAGCCAACAACCACCACUGGCCACACAACAACCAUCGCAGGCGGUGAGUCCACAACCACCCUGCCCAUUGGAACAGUCACCACUGGUACAACCACCCAGCAAGUCACAACCACCACCAAGCCAUUCAGCACCCAGGAGGUCACCACCACCAAGCCAAUCAUGACCACUGGCCACACAACAACCAUCGCAGGCGGUGAGUCCACAACCACCCUGCCCAUUGGAACAGUCACCACUGGUACAACCACCCAGCAGUUCACAACCACCACCAAGCCAUUCAGCACCCAGGAGGUCACCACCACCAAGCCAAUCAUGACCACUGGCCACACAACAACCAUCGCAGGCGGUGAGUCCACAACCACCCUGCCCAUUGGAACACUGCCCACUGAUACAACCACCCAGCAGUUCACCACCACAGCUAAGCCUACCACACCAACGGCUACUGCCACUGUGCCAGAGAACCCAGAAACCACCACCCUGCAGACCCUGCCAACUCAGACUGUGUCCACUGGUACAACCACUCUGCUCACACCAAUCAGCACUGUGGUUGUAACAGGUACACAGAGGCCAACAACCACUGGGUCUGUGACCGUCACUGAUGUUGUGACUGAGACAACCACCAAGCCAGCAACUGCUACAGCCACCUCCAUCGCAACUGGCACUACCACCACCAUUGGAACCGCCACCCAGACUGAGCAGUUCACCACUGGUGCCACCACAGUUACCACUCCACAGACCACCACUGGUGUCACUGUCGAAGUCUGCCAGGAGCCUCUUGGCAUGGAGGGUGGCCAGAUCAGGCCUGACCAGAUCACCAGCUCCUCUCAGCUGGAUGACCAGCACCGUCCACAGGAAGGCACCCUGAACAACAAGCCUUCUGUUGACGGCAGCGGCGUCUGGAGCCCGUCUGUUGAUGACAAGAACCCGUACCUCCAGGUGGACCUCGGCACACCAACCCACGUGACUGGGUUCAUCACCCAGGGCCACCCCACUCAGCCUGAAUGGGUCACCACCUACUACAUCACCUACAGCAACGAUGGUGUCAACUUUGUGCCAUACACUGAUGAGUUCGGCAACCCAAUGCUCUUCACAGCCAACACUGACAACAACACCCCAGUCACCAACCUCUUGGAUGUGAACAGGCCAAUCGCAGCUCAGUACAUCCAGAUCCACCCACAGGACUUCAACAACCAGAUCAGUCUGCAGUUUGAGCCUCUGGGAUGCACAGAGACCACCACUACUAUCCAGACCUUCACCACAACCACCAGGCCUGAGGUGACCACCACUGGUGUCACUGUCGACGUCUGCCAGGAGCCUCUUGGCAUGGAGGGCGGCCAGAUCAGGCCUGACCAGAUCACCAGCUCCUCUCAGCUGGAUGACCAGCACCGUCCACAGGAAGGCACCCUGAACAACAAGCCUUCUGUUGACGGCAGCGGCGUCUGGAGCCCAUCUGUUGAUGACCAGAACCCGCACCUCCAGGUUGACCUCGGCACACCUACCCACGUGACUGGCUUCAUCACCCAGGGCCACCCCACUCAGCCUGAAUGGGUCACCACCUACUACAUCACCUACAGCAACGAUGGUGUCAACUUUGUGCCAUACACUGAUGAGUUCGGCAACCCCGUGAUCUUCACAGCCAACACUGACAACACCACUCCAGUCACCAACCUGCUGGAGGCUAACAGGCCAAUCACAGCUCAGUACUUCCAGAUCCACCCACAGGACUUCAACAACCAGAUCAGUCUGCAGUUCGAGCCUCUGGGAUGCAAGGAGACCACCACUACUAUCCAGACCUUCACCACAACCACCCCACUUGGCCAGACCACCACUGGUGUCACUUUCGAAGUCUGCCAGGAGCCUCUUGGCAUGGAGGGCGGCCAGAUCAGGCCUGACCAGAUCACCAGCUCCUCUCAGCUGGAUGACCAGCACCGUCCACAGGAAGGCACCCUGAACAACAAGCCUUCUGUUGACGGCAGCGGCGUCUGGAGCCCGUCUGUUGAUGACCAAAACCCGUACCUCCAGGUGGACCUCGGCACACCUACCCACGUGACUGGCUUCAUCACCCAGGGCCACCCCACUCAGCCUGAAUGGGUCACCACCUACUACAUCACCUACAGCAACGAUGGUGUCAACUUUGUGCCAUACACUGAUGAGUUCGGCAACCCUGUGAUCUUCACAGCCAACACUGACAACACCACCCCAGUCACCAACCUGCUGGAUGCUAACAGGCCAAUCACAGCUCAGUACUUCCAGAUCCACCCACAGGACUUCAACAACCAGAUCAGUCUGCAGUUCGAGCCUCUGGGAUGCAAGGAGACCACCACUACUAUCCAGACCUUCACCACAACCAUCCAGACUGGGCAGACCACCACUGGUGUCACAACAGCUUCCACCACCCAGUCUCAGCAGUUCACCACUGGUACCACCACCACCAUUGGAACUGCCACCCAGACUGAGCAGUUCACCACUGGUGCCACCACAGUUACCACUCCACAGACCACCACUGGUGUCACUGUUGAUGUCUGCCAGGAGCCUCUUGGCAUGGAGGGCGGCCAGAUCAGGCCUGACCAGAUCACCAGCUCCUCUCAGCUGGAUGAUCAGCACCGUCCACAGGAAGGCACCCUGAACAACAAGCCUUCUGUUGACGGCAGCGGCGUCUGGAGCCCGUCUGUGGACGACAAGAACCCGUACCUCCAGGUUGACCUCGGCACACCUACCCAUGUGACUGGCUUCAUCACCCAGGGCCACCCCACUCAGCCUGAAUGGGUCACCACCUACUACAUCACCUACAGCAACGAUGGUGUCAACUUUAUGCCAUACACUGAUGAGUUCGGCAACCCUGUGAUCUUCACAGCCAACACUGACAACACCACUCCAGUCACCAACCUGCUGGAUGCUAACAGGCCAAUCACAGCUCAGUACUUCCAGAUCCACCCACAGGACUUCAACAACCAGAUCAGUCUGCAGUUCGAGCCUCUGGGAUGCAAGGAGACCACCACUACUGUCCAGACCUUCACCACAACCACCAGGCCUGGUGUGACCACCACUGGUGUCACUGUCGACGUCUGCCAGGAGCCUCUUGGCAUGGAGGGCGGCCAGAUCAAGCCUGACCAGAUCACCAGCUCCUCUCAGCUGGAUGACCAGCACCGUCCACAGGAAGGCACCCUGAACAACAAGCCUUCUGUUGACGGCAGCGGCGUCUGGAGCCCAUCUGUUGAUGACCAGAACCCGUACCUCCAGGUGGACCUCGGCACACCAACCCACGUGACUGGGUUCAUCACCCAGGGCCACCCCACUCAGCCUGAAUGGGUCACCACCUACUACAUCACCUACAGCAAUGAUGGUGUCAACUUUGUGCCAUACACUGAUGAGUUCGGCAACCCUGUGAUCUUCACUGCCAACACUGACAACACCACCCCAGUCACCAACCUGCUGGAUGCUAACAGGCCAAUCACAGCUCAGUACUUCCAGAUCCACCCACAGGACUUCAACAACCAGAUCAGUCUGCAGUUCGAGCCUCUGGGAUGCAAGGAGACCACCACUACUGUCCAGACCUUCACCACAACCACCAGGCCUGGUGUGACCACCACCGGUGUCACAACGGCUGCUACCACCAUUGGCACCGCCACCCAGACUCAGCAGUUCACCACUGCUGCCACCACCACCGUCGGAACGGCCACCACCAUUGCCACCAAGCCUACCACCCUGCAGACCACUGCUGCCACCACCACCAUCGCUACCAAGCCUACCACUGUGCAGACCACCACUCGUCCAGAGACCACAGUGUGCCAGGAGCCUCUUGGCAUGGAGGGCGGCCAGAUCAGGCCUGACCAGAUCACCAGCUCCUCUCAGCUGGAUGAUCAGCACCGUCCACAGGAAGGCACCCUGAACAACAAGCCUUCUGUUGACGGCAGCGGCGUCUGGAGCCCGUCUGUGGACGACAAGAACCCGUACCUCCAGGUUGACCUCGGCACACCUACCCAUGUGACUGGCUUCAUCACCCAGGGCCACCCCACUCAGCCUGAAUGGGUCACCACCUACUACAUCACCUACAGCAACGAUGGUGUCAACUUUGUGCCAUACACUGAUGAGUUCGGCAACCCUGUGAUCUUCACAGCCAACACUGACAACACCACUCCAGUCACCAACCUGCUGGAUGCUAACAGGCCAAUCACAGCUCAGUACUUCCAGAUCCACCCACAGGACUUCAACAACCAGAUCAGUCUGCAGUUCGAGCCUCUGGGAUGCAAGGGCCUGAUCUCUACCAACAUGAUCAGCGUGUCCAGCCAGCUGCUCCCGACAUCCGGCGCCGACAGCGGCCGUCUCAACACCCCCGAGUCCCCGACCAGUGCCGGUGGCUGGGUGCCUGCCGUCAACGACCAGAGUCAGUGGAUCGAGAUCAACUUGGGCCAGCCUACCCAGAUCACCGGUCUGAUCACCCAGGGUAGGGACAGCGUGACUGCUGACCAGUGGGUCACCUCCUACAAGAUCAUGUACAGUGUCAACGGCCAGACCUGGCAGUACUACAACAGCCCUGCUGGAACACCACAGGUCUUCCCAGCCAACUCCGAUGAGAACACACCCAACCGUCAGCUGUUUGACCUGAACAACCCGAUCUACGCUGAGUACAUCCGUAUCCAGCCCAUCACCUGGCACGAGUGGCCGUCCAUGAGGGUCGAGAUCCUGGGAUGUGCUGAACCAACAACCACCACCAUUGCCAGCACCACCACAACAGCUGGCACUACCCAGACAUCAGUGUUCACCGACAAGCCAGUGACCACCACCAUCGCUACUGCCCCAACUGCUGGUACCACCCAGACCUCCAUUGUCACAGACAAGCCAGUGACCACCACCAUCGCUACUGCCCCAACUGCUGGUACCACCCAGACCUCCAUUGUCACAGACAAGCCAGUGACCACCACCAUCGCUACUGCCCCAACUGCUGGUACCACCCAGACCUCCAUUGUCACCGACAAGCCAGUGACCACCACCAUCGCUACUGCCCCAACUGCUGGUACCACCCAGACCUCCAUCAUCACUGACAAGCCAGUGACCACUGCCACCACAACUGCUGGUGUUACCCAAACAGCUAUCAUCACUGACACCACCACCCUUGGCACAGCCACCACAACUGCUGGCAUCAUCACUGACAAGCCAGUGACCACUGCCACCACAACUGCUGGUGUUACCCAGACAGCUAUCAUCACUGACACCACUACUCUUGGCACACCACAGUCUACUGCUACCGUGGUCAGCACACUGCCAUAUGAGGUUUGUCUGUUUGAUUGA